CGCUUCCCGCCAAAACUCAAAUCGGUUCACACUCAAAAAAUUCUAUUAAGAAUAAAAAUGAGUGCGCUCCUACUAAUCGCUUUCUGCGUAUUAAUCGCGUACAGAUAUUUCACUCGCAAAAAUACAAUUGUCUUGCACAGAUUAAAUAAAUAUGGCUUAAAUGAAAAAUUGGAGUUGUGUCCGCCACCCGGACCUAAGCCUAUGCCUGUUAUCGGAAGUUUACACCUUUUGGGAGAGAACGAAUCCCCUUUUCAAUCAUUUACGGAGUUGGCCAAGAAAUACGGCGACAUUUAUAGUAUAAAAUUAGGCAGUUCGAAGUGUUUAGUUGUGAACAAUUUAGAUUUGAUUCGGAAAGUUUUGAAUGAAAAUGGCAAGUUUUUCGCCGGCCGACCAGACUUCCUUCGGUUCCACAAACUCUUCGAUGGCGAUAGAAAUAAUUCUCUUGCACUCUGCGAUUGGUCAAAUCUGCAGCAGCAACGACGCAACCUGGCACGUCGUCACUGCGGUCCCAAACAGCAGACAGAUAACUUUGCCAGAAUCGGAACAGUCGCCACCUUCGAAGCAGUCGAGCUAGUCCAGACACUCAAACACCUCACCGCCGCGUCUGAAGAAAGCAUCAAUUUGAAACCUCUCCUAAUGUCCACAGCAAUGAACAUGUUUUCGAACUACAUGUGCAACAUCAGGUUUGAUGCCGAAAAUGACAAAGAGUUCAUCAAAGUCGUUGAUUACUUCGACGAAAUAUUCUGGGAGAUCAACCAGGGUUACGCAGUUGAUUUUCUGCCGUUCCUCGCUCCGUUCUACAAAAAGCAUAUGCAGAAUCUGACCAACUGGUCCCAUGAAAUCAGGACUUUUAUCUUGUCCAGGAUAAUUGAGCACAGGGAGGUAAGCCUCGACACAGAUGGACCUGAGAAGGAUUUUGUUGACGGACUUCUGCGGGUCUUACGUGACGACCCAUCCGUUGACAGAAACACAAUUAUAUUCAUGUUAGAAGACUUUUUGGGAGGUCAUUCGUCUGUUGGAAAUCUUGUUAUGUUAUGCUUGACUGCUGUUGCCAGAGAUGCAGAGGUUGGUAGGAGAAUUCGGGCAGAAAUUGAUGCUGUUACAAAAAACAAGCGCCCAGUGACUUUAGUUGAUCGGCCGUAUAUGCCGUACACUGAAGCAACAAUCUUGGAAUGCUUAAGAUACGCUUCUUCGCCAAUUGUUCCUCACGUCGCAACAGAAAACGCUGAAGUUGCUGGUUAUGGAGUCGAAAAGGGCACAAUAGUUUUUAUAAACAAUUACGAACUCAAUACAUCAUCAAAAUACUGGAACGAACCCGAAAAGUUUGAUCCUUCCAGAUUCUUGGAGAAAACUAAAAUCCGAACACGCAGGAAGUCUCUAUGCGAUUCCGGAAUGGAAUCAGAUGCAGAACGAAUUGAUGCUGCAAUAAAAGAGGCAGAGAAGGAAGUAUUGACUCUUAGAAGGAACAUCCCACACUUUUUGCCUUUCAGCAUUGGUAAGAGGACUUGCAUUGGCCAGACCAUGGUGACAACUAUGAGUUUUGUCAUGUUUGCGAAUAUUCUACAAGAGUUCGAUAUUGGAGCAGUAAAUAAGGAAGACUUAAGGCAAAAGCCCGCAUGCGCAGCCCUACCCAAAGACACUUACCACUUAUACGUUUUGCCUAGGAAGCACUGAACUGAAUGAUGAUUUAGAAUAAAUCUUUUGGUUGAUCUGUGUCCUUGGCAUAAUUCAUAAAUUUCCUUAGCGAAAUCUGCGUGCCAUAAAUUAUUUGUAGUGAGAAUGAGUUGAAUGAUAGUAUAAGUGUAAGAUUUUUCUAUGGGAAUAUCUGACCGUGAAGUGACAGCCCUAUAGUUUUAUUAGUCACCACUGGGAUGAAUUUCUUUGAUACCUCGAGGUAUCAACUGUUCUAAUAAGAAUCAAUAAAUUGUAGUAAUUAGCCUGUGUUAAAUAUUGCAUUAAUGUCUACAAAAUAGUGCAGAAUUAAAGUAUCUUCUGGACUGAAAUACAAAACAGUUUUGUCGUAUUGAUAAAUUUUAUUCGGGGACACAGAAAACCAGGAGUCGCUCAAGUUUUUAUUUAUUUGAUGAUCUUAUAAUAAGCACAGAACAAACUAUUGUUCAAAUUUCGAGUUAAAACGAUAUUUAUGUUAUUUUAAUACAACACGACUGCAUGGACUUUGGAUUAAUUAGAUUUAGUUUAGGUUAAUUUGAUAGAAGGGUUAUUUGAAUAUUUUUGUCCAAUAUUGUUGAAUAUAAUCCUACUAGCUGACCAGACAGACGUUGUUCUAAGCAAAUAUUGGAAAUAAUUAUAGGUCCCAAAUCGAUAUAAAAACGAUCUCUCAAAUUGGAUUAAACUGCACUCCAUGAGGUAAUCCCCAUUAAAAUCCGUUCAUUAGUUUAGGAAUUCAGUGGAAACAAACAUCAGGACACUGGAUUUACAUAAUAUACUGGCUAAAUUAUUUUUAGUGUUAGACCGUUUCUUGGACAUUGCAACAUUACUUUAUUUUUUAAAAAUAAAAGAUUUUUUCUAAAAUAAACGUAACCUAAGUUACUCCUUAUUACAUCAGCUACCUACCAAUAAAAGUCCCGACAAAAUCGGUCCAGCCAUUUCAGAGAUUAGCCGGAACAGACAGACAGACAAAAAUUAUAAAAAAAAAAUAUUUUGGUGUAUGAACCGUAUAUAUUCAUCAUAUACAUGUAGUAAAAAACGGUUAUUUCGAUAUUACAAACAGACACUCCAAUUUUAUUUAUAUGUAUAGAUGUAGAGAUUAAGAUUUAAAUAUGAUUCGUGAGUAACCGUCUUUUCGCUAUGAUAAAUAUUUAAAAAAAAUACUGUAAAAUAUAUUCUGUUGUAAUUAAUUGAUACAGGCUUAACUUUCGUCACUUUAAAAAAUGUUAAAGAAAAUAUGGAAAACUAACCUACAUUUUUUUUCCUUGAAAACCUUACAUUUUAUACGCCUAGAUAGAGCCUCUUUGUCAGGCAACGCAAGACAAUAGGUCAGUUUCAUUACUUUAGUGUGCAUGACAGCCACGUCUUACACUCGCCAUACGUCAGUCACUUUGUUUAAGUGUGCGUGCGUUGAUGAAAAUAGAGGCUAACUGCUCACCCCUAUUUUCUUCAGCGUGUUCACAGCUGUCACUGUCUAUCUAGACGUAAAAAUUAUGUAAAGGUUUCAAUUUAAUGGCUUACGUAGCAAAACUCUGUAUACUUUUAAAUUUAUAUAUUAUGUUUUAAGAUAUAAGUAUGUAAUUGAAAUGUGUAAUUGAUAGACAAUAUAUUUUUCCUAUUAUCGUGCGCAAAGUUCGAUUUUGCGCAAGCAUUUGCGUUCGCAAAGUACCACUUACCCACACGUUGACACGAGCGUGCGGGAAUGUAGCUGAGCGUGUGGGAAUGUUUGAAAAUAAUCAUAGUGGUCGAACUUUGCGCAACUUAAUAGGAAAAAUUGUAUACGAUACUCGUGCGCACCUAGGUCAUCCUGGACUCGCUUCGCUCGUACGGUAACGCCCUACUUUGCGCACUUCUAUCGUAAUGUUCUAUUAAACUGUAUUCUGAAAAUUAUUUCGUAUUUUAAACUGGUUAAAUUAUUACGUACAACAAUAUAGCGUUACACGGGGACUAAAGUUGUAUAAAAUCCAUUUUUUAAUAAGUAAUUCAUAUUUUGUUAUUUCAUAAACGGCUCUCGCCUGGUGACAAUAGUAUUUGUAUACAAACCAUAAACCUAGUAUACUUACCUAGUAGACAAACACUCUCCUCAUUACGGCUACUCGAGAUUAAAUUUUAAUAAGAUGUGUUAGUGAUUUAGUGAAGUAUGUAGUAUUUUGACAAAUAUACACGGCGUCAUAUUCACGUAGUCAAUAUUGUAUUAUCUAACACAUAUUUUUUUAUUGAAGUUAUACUACUUUAGACGCGUUAUGAAAAAAUUAUUAGAGUGAAAUUUUAAGAUGCACGCGCAUAACUGUAACACAAUAGUAACAGGUUGAAGUUGGUUGCUAAAAUUUUCUGACGUUUGCGUCAUUUUUUUUUUUUUGGUAUCUUCGGCCAUUAUUACGACAGGCAAAGGGUUCAAGCCCAUAAAGCCAUAUUCCUUAUUUAAUAAUUAAUUGUCAAAGCCAUUUUUGCAAGAUUUUUACAAAAUUGUUUUUUCUAAAAACGCUGUGCAAUUCUAUAGCACGAGGAAUGAACAAUUUUAAUGAUUUUUGCUUCGUUAGGCCAAAGAAGUAUAACUAUUUGCGUGCACACACACUUUUUGUAUUUAAUAUAUCUUUACAAAACAGAGUGUUUACUGCGUAUAUAUAAAGUAAUAUUUAGUAGCUUAGUGCAUAUUUUCUACGAAAAUUAACAUAACGAAAGUAGUAUUGAAGAUUCAGUUUCUUUAGUUGGAUUGUUACAACAACAACACAAUCUAACACAGAACACGACACCAUUAUAUAUUUUAAUCAACAUCCGGUGAAAGACAGAACAAAAUAAAAACACUAAAAUUUAAGCGCGGUCCAAUUUGACAGGAGACUAAUGGAGACUAAAUUGUUUCAAAACGGUUUUAUGGUCUUUUUGUGUAAUGAUAGUUAUCUCACUGUCACACAGGGUUCGUCUGUUAUGAUAGUAUACUAAGUUUAUGGUACAAACUAUGUUAUUAAUGUUAUAAUUCAAACAGCUUUCAGCGGACUGAGGAUCUAUAGUAGAGCAUAGACUUUGCUGAGACUUACUAUCUAGAGUUACUAUCUUGCUGUUAGUCCGUUACAGAUGUUCUUAUUUCUCACACACUUUGUCUUUAUUCCAGUGUAUCGUUAUAAUGUUAAAACCAAUAGUCUUACGGCCGUUCCCAAUAUACUAACUACAGAUAGAGAUAAAUUACUAUCGUCUUCUGCCAGUAAUUACCUGUCAAUAAUCAGAAGCUGUCCCAAUAUAACCGAUAAGUCAUUCUUAUCGCCUUAUAUUGCGACACGUGAAUUGCAAUUGCCAUACAAACUUCUAUCGCUGGUAUGCUAUACGUCCUCCGAUUGAGGCGUGUACGAAUAAGGUGAGUUACCGUCGAUAAGUUAAUUGAGAUAGAAAAGUCAACGAUUGAUACGAUUUUAUCUCAAGUAGGCCACAACCGGAGUUAGACUGAAUAUUGGGAACGGCCGUAAAAUGUAUUUGCUAAAAUUAUACCUCCGGUACCAUUCUAAUUUGUGAAAAAAAACUAUUCUUAAUUAUCUGCCAUUUUGUUUAUAUAAUAUUAGUACUAAAUUAUAUGUGCGUAGUAAACAUCAUGUGAUUUGUAGUAGUUAAUUAAAUAAUAAUGCAAUUGAA